AUAUUGCUCCGUAUCAUGGCCCACGUGAGACACUUUCGGACACUAGUUUCUGGAUUUUACUUCUGGGAAGCUGCACUGUUACUGAGUUUGGUUGCCACUAAGGAAACAAGCAGUGCAAGAUCUCGAAGUGCUCCAAUGUCACCUUCUGAUUUUCUGGACAAACUAAUGGGGAGGACAUCUGGGUAUGAUGCAAGAAUCAGGCCUAACUUCAAAGGUCCUCCAGUUAAUGUCACAUGCAACAUAUUCAUAAACAGCUUUGGCUCCAUUGCAGAAACAACUAUGGAUUACAGAGUAAAUAUUUUUCUUCGUCAGAAAUGGAAUGAUCCCCGUCUUGCCUACAGUGAAUAUCCUGAUGAUUCGUUAGACCUUGACCCGUCCAUGUUGGACUCCAUUUGGAAACCGGACUUGUUCUUUGCUAAUGAGAAGGGGGCUAACUUCCAUGAAGUCACCACAGACAACAAGCUGCUAAGAAUUUUCAAAAAUGGAAAUGUCCUGUAUUCAAUAAGGCUAACAUUAACACUGUCCUGUCCAAUGGAUCUCAAGAAUUUCCCAAUGGAUGUACAAACAUGCAUAAUGCAACUAGAAAGCUUUGGGUACACAAUGAAUGAUCUCAUUUUUGAAUGGCAAGAUGAGGCACCAGUACAAGUAGCCGAAGGACUCACUUUGCCUCAAUUUCUGUUGAAAGAAGAAAAAGAUUUGCGAUACUGCACUAAACACUACAAUACAGGAAAGUUUACAUGCAUAGAAGUGAGAUUCCAUCUUGAGCGGCAGAUGGGCUACUACUUGAUCCAGAUGUACAUUCCCAGCCUUCUGAUUGUUAUUCUAUCCUGGGUCUCAUUCUGGAUUAACAUGGAUGCAGCCCCAGCGAGGGUAGCUUUGGGCAUUACCACCGUGCUUACUAUGACGACACAGAGUUCUGGAUCCCGGGCUUCCUUACCAAAGGUUUCAUAUGUAAAAGCUAUUGAUAUUUGGAUGGCAGUAUGCCUCCUUUUUGUGUUUUCAGCACUUCUGGAGUAUGCAGCAGUGAAUUUUGUAUCAAGACAACACAAAGAACUUCUGAGGUUUCGACGGAAGAGAAAGAAUAAGACAGAAGCUUUUGCACUGGAGAAGUUUUACCGUUUCUCAGACACGGAAGAUGAGGUGAGGGAGAGUCGGUUCAGCUUCACAGCUUAUGGAAUGGGGCCGUGUCUGCAAGCAAAAGAUGGUGUGCUUCCAAAAGGCCCCAACCACGCUCUCCAGGUAAUGCCAAAGAGCCCGGAUGAAAUGAGGAAAGUGUUCAUCGACAGGGCCAAGAAGAUUGACACCAUCUCCCGAGCCUGCUUUCCAUUGGCGUUUCUGAUUUUUAACAUUUUCUACUGGGUUAUCUAUAAAAUUCUUAGGCAUGAAGACAUCCAUCAGCAGCAAGAUUAAGUCUCUGAAGGCAUACAGAAACACUGCAGUGUCACUGACAUCAGACUGGGUGUGUGUGCAUGUGGUAUGCAAGGUAUGAUCAAUGCAUUAGGACAGCAUACGGGGAAAGUUUAUUUUGAUUUUCCAUGUAAAAUAAUGAGACAGAUCGGUUCUUUUGAGGGAUACAAAACACGCAAUGUGGGUUCCUGUUUCAUAUUACUUAUUACAAGA